AUACUCCUUCAUAACGAUGAGCGCUCCUCCUCCUCCGUCCGACUUCACCCCCGCCGCCAAGAAGGCCUGGGAAGAAAGCUCCGACUUCGCCAACUACUUCUGCACAUAUGGCUUCAUCUACCACCAGAAGCAAAUGCUUUCGGACACGUUGCGCAUGCAACGCUACCGCGACGCCAUUUUCGAAAACGCGUCGUGCUUCCAAGACAAGGUGGUGCUUGAUGUCGGCACCGGCAGCGGGAUUUUGGCCAUCUGGGCCGCCCAAGCUGGUGCCCGCCGUGUGUACGCCGUGGAAGCGACGGACAUGGCCAAGCAGGCCCGUCGCGUCGUGGCCGCGAACAAGCAAGACCACAUCGUCACCGUGAUCCAAUCCAAGAUUGAAGACGUCAACCUCCCCGAGCACGUCGACAUCAUCAUCUCCGAGUGGAUGGGAUACUUCUUGAUGCGCGAAUCCAUGUUUGACUCGGUCUUGCUCGCCCGCGACCGGUGGUUGAAACCUGGUGGAGCGUUGUACCCUUCGCACGCCACCAUGUACGUGGCUCCGCUGGGCUUGGAACAGACUGCGCUCAAACGAUUCAACGAGUUCUCCAACGCCAUGGACGACUGGACGUUGUUCGUGUCCGAGACCAAGGACCAGUGGGGCGUGGACAUGUCGUGCCUCGGCAACGCAUUCCGUGAAGAACAAGAGCAAUUCUCGCUGAAAACGUCGCAAUUCGUGGAGUUGAGCGCCGAAGACGUCAUCGGGGACGAAGCCUCCAUCAAAUACCUCGACCUGAACAAAUGCACCCUCGAAGACGUGGCGUCCGUCCAGUCGGACUUCAGCAUCACGUUCACCAGCACAACCCGCUUCGGCGCCCUCGGCGGAUGGUUCGACGUCGACUUCCACGGGUCGGCCGAAAACCCCGCCGUGUCCAAGGUCACGCUGUCCACGUCUCCGUACGUCCAGACGACGCACUGGGGCCAGCAAGCGUUCCCUCUCUCGCCCAUUCAAGUGUGCGAAGGCGACAUUGUCAAAGGCAAGAUCGACGUCGUCCGUCGUUCCGACAACCAGCGCCUCAUGAACGUCAAGUUUGAGUACGAAAUGGAGUACCAGGGACAGACCCGCCAACAGCCCAAGCACUCGGCGAUCUUCCAGGUCGAGUAAGAACUAAGAUUUGUUUAUAAUGAUGCAUGCAAUACGUAAUCAUGCCCCACUCACUACGUAUGUACUCGUCCUUGUCCAAAUCUGUGGUGGGCUCAAUAUAUGGUAAAGUUAAUCGAAGCGGAAUGACG